AUGGAAACCGAGAGCCUGUCCGAUCUGUUCCGUCGCCUGGAUGCGCGGAAUCGCGAGAAUGUGGCACUCGCCGGCUUGGGGAUCCGCACAUCGGCAGAUAUCUUCGAGGCCAUACAGAACCAGUACGAGCACUCUAGUGGCCAGAGAAUUGCGGCAUGUGGAGGGACGGUCGAUAGUCCGGCACUGGCAAAUCUGGGCAUUCGGACGUCGACUGACAUUCUAGAGGCGUUGAACGGGGAGAACGGCCGAGAAAGUGGUGACGUGAGCUCACAGCGACGUCAUCGUCCUCAUCAGACGUCGGGGACCGUGUCAUCGGGUCAAAGCCAGAUUGUUGGCGGCGCCAAAGAUACAGUAGGGAACGGGUCUCAAGAGCAGUCGAGGCAUGGGAAUGAACUGAAGAGGUCCGGCCCUCGCGGCAACGACGGUCAGCUGCCACGCAAACGUACCAGAACUGUAGGGCGCCAGGAGCGGAGCCAAUCUGAGGAGGCGGAUGACCUUGCCGACGUGCUGCGUGUGUUGGAGGAAGAGUUCGCAGAAAAGGAGCGGCUAUCUGAUGACCAGACAUGGUGUAUGCCUGUGAGCCACGAGAGAAAGGUGAAGACGGUCGAGGAGUUCUAUAAAGCGUUCCACGACGUGAGAACGCUGCCGGUCCUCACCUGUAUGUUCUGUUAUCGUAAGCAUAGCAGAGCUGAGUUGCAGUAUGUUGACUGGGACUGGUGGGUGGCAAAUGCCAUCGAAAAGCGCGACGGCUCACCUUUCAAGUGCGUUCAGUGUUUCCCUGUAGGACAGAAGAUUCUCGGGUGCGCAGACUGCGUGAGACACCUGGGGAGAGGUGCGUUAUCGGCAGCAGCGCGGCUGCACACGCAGUUGGGAUGCGAGCACAUGUUUCCUGACGAGCUGAAGGAUCUCACGCCGGUCGAGGAGAAGCUGAUUGCGCUGAACUCGUGCUACGGCUUCAUCACCAAGCACAGCGUCUCAGAUGGACACAGACAAGGCGCGACCUACCCGAGACAUGUGAAGGGACAUAUCACGGUAUUCCCAAACAAUGUGCAGGAGCUAGCAACGAAUGUCCUCCCACAUCCGCUCUUGAAGGUCAUGGAUGAUGUCCAUAUAUCAUGGCAGGGGCAGGAGAAACCAGCGCCGAGUGACCUGUCAACGUUACUAUCGGUGCGACGUAACGCCGUUGAGAAGGCAUUGCUGUGGCUCAAAAGGUACAAUCCGUUGUAUGCCGACAUCGAAAUUGACGAGGCGGAAUUGGAUAGUUGGGAUGCGCCGUCACACGGAGUGCCUUCCCAAGUUUUUGAUCGACUGGAACGGAAUGAGCCUUCGGCGAGGGGGAAGAUGCAGACGGCGCACAUUGUCCCACCCACAGAGCGCGAUAUCGACGAUCAUGAACCGGUAGAUAUCCAAGAGAUCAUGGCAUCGUUAGCCGAGGGCCUAAGCACAUCAGGAGAACCAGAAGUUGAUGGCUUCACCUCUGGUGAGGAUGGUGACGAUUGGGUCGGUAAUAACAGAGAUCGAGUGGACGAAACAGAAUCAUCCGGCAUGUUCAACUUGGACGGGCGUCCAGAUAUCCCAGAUGCGGAGAAGCUACGGUAUCUCGUCAAGUCCAUGGGUGAGGUGGGACCCGGGGAGCAUACACACGGAAGUACCUGGAAAGGGUCAGCCAAGGUGAGGCACGGGGGCGCCGUCGAGCCUUACAUCGUAGUUUCCCGUGGUGAAGUCUUUGCAGAUUCCUUUGACACCUGGUUUCUAGCCAAAACAUUUCCCAGCUUGUUCCCGCUGGGCAAAGGCGGUCCCCGGCAGGCCGAAGAGCACUCCAAGGAUGCGACAGGGCAAGUGCAUCCUAUUUUCGAGCUGGAAGCCGCUGCGCAACACCUCGUAUCGUCCCGGAACAUGAGCUUGGAGGCUUGGGUGAAAAUGGUGAUCCAGCGACACGGCGGCCGCUUUGCAACGCAUCCUGUCUUUCCCUUUCUCGUUUUCAAUAUAGGGGUGCGGUCUAGAAACCGCCGCGUGAGCAUGGCAAGCAUGCGGAGGAGUGAUUUCCCGGAGGUAGAACGUACCAUCCAAGACUUGACCGCGUCAAGGCUUGAGAAGGCGAGGGGAGAGCUAGAGGCUUGCGGUAAGACUGCCGAUCCAGACGUCAACCGGCUGCUGAGGAACCUGUCACUUUACGGCUACCGUCAGCCGAUGUCAAGGGAGAGCCGGCUGACGAUGCGGCGGAAGAUCAAAUCCCUCAUAAUUCGGUACGGCAUCCCCGCCAUCUGGUUCACGCUCAACCCAAACGAUAUCACGAACCCGAUAAAGCUCAAGCUGGCUGCAUACCGUACCCGCGAGACAGGCAGAGCCGAGGAAUAUCUAAGAAGUCUUGAUCAGGCGUACAAGAGGGCUCGACUCGCGAUAUCGGAUCCCCUCAGCUCGGCAAUCUUCUUCCAUCGGGAGAUCUCCAUGUUCUUCCAGUACUACGUGAUGGUUGGGAAGGAUUCGGUAUUCGGGCGGGUCAGCCAGUACUAUGGGGCAGUAGAGACCAAUGAAAGGGGCGCGCUCCACCUCCACGGCCUCCUCUGGCUGCAGGGUAAUAUGUAUCUGAGUUCCCUUCUCAGCGACGUUCAAGGAGAGGAGCAAGCGGCAUAUCGGCAGCGAGUGACCGAGUAUGUUGACAGUGUCUUUAUGGAGGAUCUCGAUGAGGAGUCUUUCGCGAGAGUGCGAGCAGGGAGAUCGGUGACGUCUGACGUGUCGUCACUAUUGGAGAGAGCAUUCCAAUUUCCCCCGACUUUCGAAGAAGAAGCGAACUUCUGCGCAGGUGCCACACAAAUUCACACGCAUAGCCCUACAUGCGUCAAGUACGCGAUCGGGAGACGCGGAACGAAGCAGAAUCCUUGCCGAUUCGGGGCGCCUUGGAAACCAGUGGAGAAGACUUACUUUGACGAAGACGGGCUAUUGCGGCUUCGACGCAGCCACAGCCUGGUGAACCGAUGGAACAAGGUAAUGGCAGUGGGGCUGCGACACAACCACGAUAUAUCCUUCAUUGUGACAAAAUGUAAGGGUCUGGCGCUCGUUUACUACGUGACCAACUACGCCACCAAAGUGGAGGAUCCGGUGUGGAAGCGUGUGGUGGCAACCAAAGAACUAAUUCGGCUCCUGGGCGAUGAUGGUACUGGGGAUCAGUCGAGCAACGGGCGAGGUCGAACCGAGGGCGACAACCGUCACAGUCAAGCGCGCCGAUUUCUGCUGCGAAUGGCCAACAGAAUCUUCACGGAACGGGCGUUGUCGCAGGUCGAGGUGUUGGCCCAUUUUCAGGGAUACGAGACAGAACUUACAAACAGCACCGCCUGGACGUUUCUGAACGUCUGCACUCUCUACUGGCACAUCUUCCGGCGAUGGCCCCUCCUGCGCCGUGCGGCCGGCGAGGGCGAGCUGGACGAGUCGAUCGGGGAGACGGUGCUGCUGGGAAAAGCCGGACAGAGGAUCUCGCUGUUGCAAGCUUACCCGUACCGCGGUCAGCGACUGGAAGGGUUAGCUCUUUACGACUAUAUGUCGGUCGUCAAAUUGAAGCGGAAGGGGGGAUGCGUCCGCUCGGGUGAAGUGGAACUAGACAGGGCCUGGCCAUUGUCGGCAUCGUGGAUCCAGACACUGCGGCAUCCAAACCAGCUUGCGGCGGUCUGCUUAGAUGGCUAUUUAGGCAUGGAUUUUACUGAGGAGGAUGAUUCCUACUACAGGAGAGCAGCAGUACAACACCUUGGCCUCUUCAUUCCUUGGCAUGCUUUCCUGUGCGAGUCAUCUGGCGAGAUAAACAGGAUUUGGGAGACAAAGAAGACAUGCCUCUCCAAGCGCAUGACGCGGCUAGCGGACAACAUCCAGUUGCUGCGGCGUUCGGCCGAGGACGUGGCGCGGGAUGCCAGGCAGUGGGCGGCAUUGUCCGGCGAAGGAGAUCCCACUGCCGACGCAGUCGGAUCAGGCAGUACAGAAGGGCACGACGCACAGGGCGUAGAGCACCGGCCUGGUGGUGUCGGUUUGGCGACCCGCCUGAUAGACGUGCUAAGGAAUGCGAUGACGAGAAAAGAGAUCACAGCCGGCUCAAAAGAGAUCUCUUCUAUGGUUGAGCAAAUGUACCGCUUCCAAGCGACUGCCCUCGACUCCACCGACGACCUUCGCGCUACGGUCAUCCCUGAUCAUGAUGCGCACAUCCUAGGAGGUUCAAUCUCGCGGGCAGAGAUCCCCCGGCAGGAGCAGCUGAGAUCCAUCAAGUCGCAGCAAAACGGUCUCUCCCGCGAACAGGAGAAGAUGAUCCAGGGACUGCAGAAUCAGUUGGGCGGCACAGCAGCCGCCGACGGAGUCGCGGCGCACAGCGGGUCCGACAGGCUCGGCCAGCAAGACGAUCCUACCACGCAUGCCGAUCAAAGGGGCCCAUCUCGGGAUACGGGUCCAUCGACGGGCGUUAUGUUCGGCGCAUCCACAUCCUUUUGCGAGACCGGAAGGUAA